AUGCUACCCCCCUCCACCCCAGACCACCUCAAGUCCCUCGCACCACGAGCCACCCAACCCCCCAAAUGCAGCUCCCCACCCACCACCACCUCCUACAACACCCCCCUCCACAUCCUCGCCCUCUUCCUCAUCCUCCUCUGCGGCACCACCGCCUGCCUCCUCCCCACCCUCACGCGCCCCCACCCCCGCCUCUCCAUCUCCCGCCACGCCCUCUUCAUAAGCCGGCACUUCGGCACCGGCGUCCUGAUCGCGCUGGCGUUCUGCCACCUGCUCCCCACGGCCUUCGAGAAUCUCUGGAACGAGUGCUUGCCCCAUGUGUGGAGGGAGGGAUAUGCGGCGAUGCCUGGUUGCAUUGCGAUGGUAGGGGCGUUGGCGGUGGCGGGGGUGGAGAUGGGGUUUGAGUUGCGGGGGGUGAGGUGUGCGUGUGCUGUGGAAGGGGUGGGAGGUGGUGAUGACGAGAGCGGUCGGCAGAUGAAGCAGACGACGCAGGUCUGCGCGACGGGCAAUGAACGCGCCGCCGACCUCAUCUGCCCUUGCGAGACCUCCGACGACCGCGGAUCGCAGAGCGACAGCGUCGAAGCUCAGUCGGAUACUCUGACAGCGCAGCAAGCGGACCAGCGCCGGAUCCUGCAGUGCCUGCUGCUCGAAGCCGGGAUCCUGUUCCACAGCGUCUUCAUCGGGCUCUCCAUCUCCCUGUCCACCGGGACGACGUUCAUAGCUCUCAUGGUGGCCAUAGCGAUCCAUCAGAUCUUCGAGGGGCGGGGGCUGGGCGCACGCAUCGCUGGAAUCGAGAGGUUUAGUGUGAGGAGUGUGAAGCCGUGGGGGAUGGCGUUUGCUUACGGUCUGACGUGUCCCCUCGGACAAGCGAUCGGGUUAGGUCUUCGAAAGACCUACGAUCCGGAGGGCACGACUGCGCUGUUGGUCGUCGGGGUGGCGAAUGCUAUCUCGGCGGGGAUGAUACUGUACGCCGGGCUCGUGCAGCUGCUGGGAGAAGAUCUCCUGAGCGAGAAGAGUUACGCCACCUUGAGCACGCGAUCCCGUCUGGAAGCCGUUGCGGCGUUGGUGUUUGGGUGCGGGAUCAUGGCAGCGAUGGCGACUUGGGCGUGA